AUACAAAGAGCAGGUGUAGCAGCUGGCUACGCCGUUGACACGAUCAGCUGAUCGUGACAGUCGCCCGAUUGUACGCGCAGCGAGAGUGCAAUAAUACAUGUGAUUCCCUUACUUCGACCGUAGAUAUUAUUAUUCGAAUUUAGAAGAAUCUUGGGAAGAGGAAAACAAAGAAGACAGAAGAGUGUAUUCCAAAAGAAAUGGAUGUCCACUUUAUUAAAGCAACGCCGCGAUGACAUCGACAUGUUUCGCUUACGUCCGUCGUGGGCUGCGUGAUUAGAAUAAUUAUUUACAUCUCAACAUGUCGAAUUGACGUUUAAAAUUGCGAGAUUUUGGCCUGACGAAUCUAAGCGAUGGCUGCGAAAGUGUAUCAACCCGAUCAGGAGCUGGAAACGAAAGUCAAGAAGGCGACCGAGCGCAUAUCGGAGAACAUGCACAUCGUCGCGAACGAGCCGUCGCUCGCGUUUUACAGGCUGCAGGAGCACGUGAGGAAGGCGCUGCCGCCGAUGGUGGAGAAACGCGUGGAGGUGCUGGCGCUGCAGCAGCAGCUGCUCGGCAGGUGCUACGACGUGGAGUACGCGGUCAGCGCCAUCCGCACCAUGCACGGCGCCGGGAAGAGCUUCGAGAAUACCCUGGAGUUCAUCAAGAACGCCAUAUUCUUCAAGCAGCAGCUCAAGUACGAAGAGCAGAGACGGCACAAGAAGGACGGGGGCAGCAGGGACUCCGUCUACAAGAGGCUGUCGGCGCACAUCCCGACGCUGGACCACCUGCCGGACGAGAUAUCCGACGUGGUGCGGGAGACGGCGAACCGCGUCGAGUCGAUGAUGAACCGGCACUCGGGCGAAGCGCAACGAUCGACCGCCACUCACAACUGAGAAGGAUCGAGGGAUUAAGGAUCGCUCGGUUUUUUUUUCCUGUGAUAAUCCAGCUAAUCCGCGAGUUUUAUACAUGUAGACGCCAUACAUAAUAUUAUUGAUAUAAUAAACGUGAUGAUAGAAAUAUUUCUACUUUUGCUCUAUCGUUACAAGUAUUCUACAGUAACGGCGUAUGUAUGUGCCUUCGCGACUUAAAAUUACGUUCGUUUUUAUCGAGUUUUCUUUUUAUGUUGCAAUUAAAUCAUGCAUUUAAAUAAAUAUAGAGUUGUGUACUCGAAUUUAUAUAA